AUGCCCAGAUUAGAUGACUCGGAAACGAUCCGCAUUCUUGUCUCUACAGACAACCAUGUAGGAUACAAUGAACGGGAUCCCAUCCGUGGUGAUGACAGCUGGAAAAGCUUUCAUGAGGUAAUGUGUCUGGCCAAGGAACAAGAUGUGGACAUGGUGCUUCUGGCAGGCGAUCUCUUCCACGAGAACAAGCCAUCGCGGAAGUCCAUGUACCAAGUUAUGCGCUCCAUUCGUAUGAACUGUCUCGGCGAUAAGCCUUGCGAACUGGAGAUGCUGAGUGAUGCGAGCGAAAAUUUUCAGGGUGCUUUCAAUCACGUGAACUACGAGGAUUUGGAUAUCAAUGUGGCUAUCCCCAUCUUUUCAAUUCACGGCAAUCACGAUGAUCCGUCCGGAGAAGGACAUCUGGCUGCAUUGGAUUUACUUCAGGUGUCGGGGUUGAUCAAUUACUAUGGACGGACCCCCGAGUCGGACAAUAUCCAGAUUAAACCGGUUUUGCUCCAGAAAGGACGCACGAAACUUGCUCUCUACGGUAUGAGCAACGUCCGCGAUGAGCGUCUAUUUCGCACAUUUCGAGACGGCAAGGUCAAGUUCUACCAACCCUCAAUCCAAAAAGAAGACUGGUUCAACUUGAUGUCUGUCCAUCAGAACCAUUACGCACACACCGAGACAGGCUAUUUGCCCGAGAAUUUCCUCCCCGAAUUCCUGGAUCUCGUCGUCUGGGGCCACGAACACGAGUGUUUAAUCAACCCGCGAUUGAACCCCGAGACCAAGUUUCACGUCAUGCAGCCCGGCUCAUCCGUGGCAACAUCCCUGGUUCCUGGCGAAUCAGUGGCCAAACAUGUAGCCAUUCUCAGUAUCACAGGCCGGGAGUUCAAAUGCGAGCCCAUCCGUCUCAAGUCCGUCCGCCCAUUCGCCAUGCGCGAAAUUAUCCUCUCCGAAGAAAAAGGCGCGCAAAAGCUUGCCCGCAAGGACAACAACCGCACGGAAGUGACUCGCCUUCUCAUGGAGAUUGUCGAGGAACUGAUCGAAGAAGCGAAAACAGAAUGGCUAGAAAUGCAAGAUGAGACAGCAGAAGACGAAGAGCUAGAAGUCCCACUACCACUAGUGCGACUGCGCGUUGAAACCUCAACGCCAGAAGGAGGCAGUUAUGACUGUGAGAACCCGCAGCGAUUCUCCAACCGCUUCGUAGGCAAGGUCGCCAAUGUGAACGAUGUCGUCCAGUUCUACCGCAAGAAGAAAAACACCAACAGUACGCGCAAACCGGGUGAAACCGACCUCGACGAGACAGCAGUCUCACACCUCUCCACCCUCGACACCGUCAAAGUCGAACAAUUAGUGCGCGACUUCCUCUCCGCACAGUCUCUGACCAUCCUCCCACAGAACUCCUUCGGCGACGCAGUCGCCCAAUUCAUUGACAAAGACGACAAACAUGCCUUGGAAAUGUUCGUCAACGAAUCACUCGAGAGCCAAAUGAAGCACUUACUGGCUCUAGAUCGCGACCACGAUCUAGAGGAAGAAGAAGAAGUGGCAGAAAGCUCCCUACAAAAAGCCAUGGAGAGAUAUCGCACUCAAAUGGAAGACAUGUUCUCCCGCGGUAUCAAGAAACGCACCCGCGGCAAGAAGCGCUUCAAGCCCAAGCCCGACGGCUGGGACACCGAAUUCGACGGUGUCUGGGAGGACCAACCCGGCGCUCUCAUCCACUCCGACAACGAGGACGGCGAUCCCAAUGAAGACGUAGCCGGUGAGGAUGGCGCCGAACAACCCACCACAUCACGAGCAACAUCAUCCACACGCGGCCGCGGCCGAGGCCGUGGCGGUAGAGCCACCACCACUGCCGCUACAACCCGCAAAACCGCCACCACAAAAGCAGCACCUGCUACUACUACUUCAAAGAAAACCACAACCUCUACUAAAAGCCGUAAACGCCGCACCGUCUCCUCCGACGAAGAAGAUGAACAAGAGGAUGUCAUAAUGCUCGACGAUGACGAUGAUGACGACGACGACAACGCAGCCACCUCCCUCCCCAACAUAGACGAAGAGGACGAUGAUGACGAUGACUCCCUCUUCAUCUCGCAGAACAACAACAGCAGCAACAGCGAAAGCAACAACACAACGCCGCAAAGCUCCAUCUCCAGCACCUUCAUCCAAUACAGUUGGAGGAACCGGACAAGCUACGCGAAGAACUCGGGGCAAGCAAGCAACUCAGACAACGCUGAAUUUUGUAGGCUCGCAGAGUAG